AUGCUCCUCCCCCUCCCACGGUUCCGAUGGUCGUUGGUCGGCCUGCUCCUGUGCCAGGCGUUGCACAGCGCCGCAAUCUCCCUGGACAUCAGCGAUGAGCAGUCGAUCAAAGAUGCCGCCAGCACGGCGGCCUGGGGCAUGAUGCGCCACUACCAGGGAAACGAGUCCGGCCAGAUCCCGGGUAAACUCCCGAAUACGUGGUGGGAAGGCGGCGCCAUGUUCAUGACCCUCAUCGAGUACUGGCAUUUCACCGGCGACUCGACAUAUAACGACGAGGUGACGGUAGGCAUGCAAUGGCAGGCCGGCGAUGACAACUACUUUCCCUCGAACUGGAGCACAUACCUGCUAACAGCCCAGGGCAACGACGACCAAAUGUUCUGGGGCCUCGCGGCGAUGACCGCCGCGGAGCUGAAGCUCCCGGACGUCUCGGACGGGUACUCGUGGCUGUCGCUGGCGCAGGGGGUGUACAACAUGCAGGUCGGACGGUGGGACACGACGACCUGCAACGGCGGGCUGCGCUGGCAGAUCUGGGCGUACGAGGCGGGAUACGCGAUGAAGAACAGCAUUUCGAACGGCGGGCUGUUCCAGCUGGCGGCGCGGCUGGCGCGGUACACGAACAACGCGACGUACGCCGAGUGGGCGGAGAAGAUCUGGGACUGGUCGGCGUCGGUGCCGUUGCUGAGCAAUUCGACCUGGAACGUGGCCGACUCGACGGAUGUCGAUAAUGGGUGUACGACACAGGGGAAUAACCAGUGGACGUAUAAUUAUGGGGCGUAUUUGGCCGGUGCGGCGUAUAUGUAUAACUACGUGAGUUUCUACAUGGUAUCCGGCAUACGGCGGUGGACGGCUCGACGGCUAACAGAUGGUCGUUUAGACAAACGGCACGGUUUCCAAGUGGACUAA